AUGCGAUUUCUCUUUUGGAAUGUCAAUGGAGUGUCGAAGGUGGAGGCUGGUUUGAAGUUACGAGAGUUAGUUCAGGAGUUUAAGCCGGUUCUUAUGUGUAUUGCUGAGCCGAAAAUCCCUUAUUCAGAUGGUGUUAUGUUAUGGCUUAAUUUAGAUGGUUUUGUUAAGAAGGCAGUUCAUAAUUCUACUUCAAGUUCUAUUGGUAAUCUUUGGAUUCUUUGGAGUGAAGAUAUUGAAGAGCCAGUGGUGUUAAAUAUGACUAGGCAGGCUAUUACGGUGAAGACAGAAGGAGUCUUUAUUUCUUGUGUUCAUGCUAGUUAUACCCAAGUUUUUAGAAGGAUAUUAUGGAGUCAACUUUCUGUGGUGGAUUCUACUACUCCUUGGUUGGUAAUUGGAGAUUUUAACUGUGUUCUUCGCAAUGAUGAGAAGAAGGGUGGUAGAGAUGUUCUUACUUCUAGUAUUAAUGAAUUCAGUGACUGGAUGGAAGAGAAUGGUCUUUUUGAGGCAGAUUCUUUGGGUUCUAAGUUCACUUGGACUAAUGGCCAAUCGGGGGUGAGAAGAAUUAUUAGCAAGUUGGAUCGUGCUAUUAUUAAUGAAACUUGGCCGAGACGUGCUCCUUUCAGAAUUCAGAAAAUGUGGUUUACGCAUCCUGAUUUUUUGAGAAUGGUUGAGACUUCUUGGAAUGCUCCGGUGUAUGGUAAUCCAGAUUUUAUUUUUCCUUUCAAGCUGAAGAGAUUGAAGGCUCAAUUGAAGUUUGAAGUGGCUAGUAGGAAUUCGGAUGAGGACCCUUUUGACAUUUCUAAGCAGAAUGAGAUGAAGGAUGCGCUUGUGGCUGUUCAGGAGGUGCGUAUGCAGCAGCAUAUUAUGUUGAAGCAAAAAUCUCGCAACAAAUGUAUCUUGGAGGGUUCUAGCAAUACUUCAUAUUUCCAUAGUACUAUUAAUACUCGUAGAAGUGUCGAUACAAUUUCGGAGUUGGUGACAGAUGAUGGGUCCCUUAUUAUUGAUCCGGACCAAUUAAGAGACCAUGUUGUUUCUUAUUAUGAGAGUAAAUUUAAUGGAGUAGAUACGCAGAUUGAGGAUAAUUUGUUUGAGUAUGAACAUAAUUCUAUUUCUUUUGAGGAAAGACAUAUGUUGGAUUCUAUUCCUUCUUUGGAGGAAAUUAAGGUGGCGGUGUUUGCUUUGGGUGCAGAUAGUGCUCCAGGUCCGGAUGGUUUCUCGGGGUGUUUUUAUAGACAUUGUUCGGAUUUAAUUCAUCAAGACCUAGCUAAGGCUAUUAUUUUUUUCUGGAACAACAAAACUAUUCCUAAUGGGGAUAAUUCUAGUCUCAUUCUUUUGCUUGCUAAGGGGAGAAAUAUUCAUGAAAAUAUUAGUUUGGCGUCUGAAUUGGUUAAUGAGCUGCACAUUAAAAGAAAGGAUGGCAACUUAGGUCUCAAACUUGAUAUUUCUCAAGCUUUUGAUACAGGUAAUAUGAUGAGUCUAACAAACUUAGUGAAGCUCCUGGGUGAUUAUCAACAAGCUUCUGGUCAGCGAGUUUGCAGGGAGAAAAGCAAAAUUUAUUUUGGAGGUGGGUCUUUGCAUAGAAGGCAGUCUAUUGUAUACUUCUUAGGCAAACUUAUUUCCCGGAUAGAUAUUUGGGGGUUAAGGUGA